CAAGGUUGCAAUCUCCCUCCAAACAGCAAAGUAAACACAGAAACAGAGUUAGUACAGUAGCAAUGAUGCCACGGAGAUAUUUACUUCAACGCCGGUGAACCCCUUUCCGCUCUCAAGCAGGCACAGUGUUAGCAAUACAGACCCUGAACUUCGUUAGUUUCCAAACCUGGCCAUGUCGUCAUUACGGUACUUAUAGUCAGUCAUCCGACUUAUACAUGAGGUGAACACUACCACCACCAGUACUAGCCGAGGCUUCCAUUCCAGCCCUCUUUCUCAUUUCAUAUAUCAGACGCCUAUAGAAUCUGUCCCCAAAUUAAGGCCCGUCCUUUUCUCUGGUUUCUCUGGUCAACUUGACCAAACAGCCUAUCCGAAACAUAACAAAACAUAUCCAGAACAAAACAAAACAUAUAUCAGAAUAGAACGAAACAUAUCAACACUGCUUACAACCACAAAACCGCCAAAAUGACGAGCUACAUCCCCCAGCUCACCCUCCCCUCCUCCAUCUUCACCUCAGCACCAGCCUCCAUCCUCCUCCCCGUAGCUCUCGGAACAGCGGUAGGCUUCGGCACAGGCUUUGUCUCCGACCAAAAACGCCAAUACCACUCCCUCCGGCAACCCCCCCUCCGCCCGCCCUCCUCCGUCUUCGGCCCCGUCUGGACCCUCCUCUACGGCACCAUGGGCUACGCCGCCCACCGCGCCUACCUUUUCGGCACUUCUUCUUCCUCCUCUCCCUCCCUCCUUCUUAGCAACCCAUCCGUCGUGCCCACCACCUACCACACCGCUACCUUGUACACUAUCCAACUCGGCCUGAACUUAAUCUGGAUGCCCCUCUUCUUCGGUCUGCGUCGUCCCAUCCUCGCUACCCUCGACUGCGCCGCUUUGGUGGGGAUCAAUGCCUACUUGGCCUGGACGUGGGGAACGCAGAUUGACGCGGUGGCGGGCUGGUUGAUGGUGCCGUACGUGUGCUGGUUGGGGUUUGCGACGUAUUUGAGUGCGGGGAGUGGGUAUUUGAAUGAGUGGGAUUUUAGCGAGGAGAGGAUUAGGAAGGGGGAGGAGGAGCAGCAGAAGAGGAAGGGGGAGAAGGGGUUGUGAGAUGGUGGGAAGAAGGGUUUGUAAAAAAAAGGGUGGGUGGGAACUGAAGAGAGCAAUGCAAGCAAGCGAGCAAGCGAGUUGAUUAAUUGGCUGAUUAGUGGCUUGGGAUUACUUACCUAGGUACCUAUUUGAAGGAGAGAAGAAAGAAAAGCUGUUUUGGUUUGGAUUGCACUGGGGGAAACGGAAAACAAUACACAACAUAAGUUGAGCUCAAGGUACUAAUUGCAAGGUAUUUCGGCUUGAGUUGCUCUAAACCAGUUGUUAUUGUAUAUGCAAGCAACUUAGUCUACCCAAAGGCCUCCUCCUUCUAUCGAUGCACCUGAACUGAACGUUCUUGAGA